AUGUGGUCUCAGAGAGGACCUAAGUGCGCUCGGCGUAUUCAGGGUCUGGUGAAGAAGGAGGGUAGUCGGAUUUCGGCGAAGGAGGGUCUUUCUGGCAGUCGCGGCACCGCUCAUGCUCGCGGCAACCCUGGCAUAGGAUGCGUGAAAUGCGGUUCGGGUGCUGGCAGUCACAGCAGUCCCAGCAGAUGGCGGCUUAGAGGGCAGAAAUACCGUCUGCAGAAGGGAGAGUGA